AUGGUUAAAUCACUCUUCAAUAUUUGUCUAUCAGCGGUUUGUCAAAAUCGAGUUGAUGAACAGUUAGCAUGUUUACCAAGUGUAUGUAAACAACGAUUACUCGAAUUUUUCAGUUCUCAUGAUCAGGUGCAAGAUAAAUUCAUUCAUUUUGAUCCUUUAUCCCUCGUUCGAAGGAAAUCUCCAAUUAUCUCUGUUACAGAAGAAAAUUAUGUGAAAAAAGUUAUCAUUAAUUUACAGUUAUUUAUGGCUGAUUGUUUACGAUUGGUCUCGUCAAAACCGUUUGGUGCCAACUUGACCAGUCUAUAUUUUUUCCUAAGUGAACAACUAAACGAUGAUAUGCUUGCUGCAAUCGCAACGUACAAUCGUAAUCUUGAGGAGAUUACAAUAAUUGAUUGUGUUAAUGUUACCGAUCAGGGAGUUAUGAAUAUAACAAAUGGACAAAAUGCAUUGAAAAAACUCGAACUGAGGGCUUCGAGCAAUCUUACAUCGAGAGGACUGAAUAUGAUUCGAUCGGAUUUCUUGCAUACCGUUGAUCUUAGCUCUUGUUUUAAGAUAACAAGUGAAGGAAUUUAUCAAUUAGUGAACAACAAUCGAAAUAUAAGAUGUCUUUAUUUGAAUCAUUGCAUCGCAUUAUGCGAUCAGGCUCUUUAUCAUAUCGCUCAUUAUUUGGGUGAAUCAUUAGUGGUUCUGGAAUUGGAUUUUUUACCGAAUCUAAUCGAUCCGCACACAGCGCUUUAUCAUCUGAGUCGAAACUGUCCCAACAUUCGACAGUUGUCGCUGUGUCGUUUCUUUGAAGUCGAAACCAAUUUCGAUGAAUUGCAAGCAUAUCAAAUCGCUGGUACGGGUCUGCUCGAUAUCGAUUUAUAUGGUAAUCACUUUUUCCUUUUACCUCAACUUCCUGCAACAGUCACUCGUUUACGUUUAUCGGUGUAUGGCGACGAAAACGUUGAGCAUCUUAUUUCUCGAUUGCACUUAUUACCGCAACUGAACAGUAUACAUCUGCAGUUGAGUUGUAAGGAUGAGAGUUGGAUAUCACUACCUCGCCUGGUUGAUACCGCAUUCAGUCUUAUAACACAGUGCCUACCGAAUUUGAUUGAACUUGCUCUUGAUGUGAAACACAUUAACAAUAAACUACUCAGGCAUUUCUUCUCAGGCGGUAUUCGUUCACCUGGUUCCCGUUUGCUAUCGUUAAAAUUGUGUCGAUUAAGAAUCACCUACAGAGCAUUAUUUGCAAUAGCACGGGGUGCCAGUUCAAUUACGGAUCUUGAAACGUCUCAUAUGCCCUGUGUUGACGAUCGAUUUCUGGCGUUGCUCGCCGAUAACUGCCGAUGUUUAAAAAAUGUGAAUUUCAACGGAUGUCGUUUCAUUACAGACAAGGGACUUACUGCGCUUGCUCGGAGUUGUUCUCUGAAGGAAGUGCGUAUCCGAGCCACAUCAUGUACCGAUGAAUCAAUCUAUCUUUUGGCUCAGUUCUGUCCUGAUCUUGAAUGGAUAUCACAUGCGGACUUCAGUGGCCGACCAAAGUUUAGUGAUCAAGCAUUACAGUGCCUGCGAGAUUCAUGUGUUCAACGGGUGAUUUGUUGA